GCACUACAAUAUCGAUCAGUCCAGCAAAUAUGUCUCUCGUCACGGAACACCAUCGUCACGGCAACAACCCCUUCGGAAUCCUCAGCAAAUGGGGUCGCCACGACGACGGCGAGCAGAAAGUACUGGUCCUGAAUGUUCUGUUGCUAGGUGGAAGGCAGAGUGGGAGGAGCUCUGUGGGCAAUGCUCUGAUUGGUGGUGAAGAAUUCAAAACCGGCACCUGCAUUUCUGGCGUUUCCAUGACGACGGAGCACCAGCUGCUACGCCGAAAUUUCCCACGGUAUUUCAGGAGAAAGGGGGCGGAGUCUGACCUCACGUUGAGAGUGUUGGACACGCCCCCUUCGUUUCCCCGCCCUAAGAGCGUGCACGAGCUCUGCCCCGAGGGCGUGCACGUACUUGUGCUUGUCGUGAGAGCUGACAUGCAUUACAACACACACCUGGAGGAGCACGUGGAGACUCUUUUCGGUCCAGAAUGGCGUCGUCACGCUUUGCUCGUUAUCACACAUGCCGAUCACCUGAAGGAGGCGGGGCUUCAGCCGUCAGACUACCUAACGCAGACCACCGAUUGGCUGAGAGCUCUGGCUGCAAAGGUGGAAGGCGGAGUCUUGUUUGUGGAGAACAGCUGUGAUUGGCCGUCAGUCAGAGGACGACCGAUAAGAGACCGACUGCUAAACCUCUCAGCGAGGAACCAUCACUCAGCGCUGACCGUCCGGACGGAGGUCUCACUUUAAACUACAAACUAAUGUUUUUUUGCUUUUAAACUGAUUUU